GGCUCCUUGAAAAGAAAGCAGGCAAUCAGCCUGUCUCCUGUCAACAAGAGGCCCAAUGGCUUUGUGGACAACUCCUUCCUGGAUAUGAAGAGAAUCUGUGUUGGGGAGAGCCUCCCUGCAGGGCAAGGCAGCCUCCACGUCAGUAACGGACCGAGUCAGCUCCUGGUAGGGGCCGUGCCCGGGAGCCAGGCAGCCCUGCGAAAGGCCAGCACCCUGCCUCCACCGGCACACUCGCCCGGCAGCAGCCUGUUCAACACGGGCUUGAAGGAGGUGAAGAAGGAGCCAGGAGAGGCCCUGUCUUGCAGUAAGCACAUGGAUGGACAGAUGGUCCAGGAGAGCGUCUUUCCUGAUAGGUUCGGAGACGAGCCUGGGGAGCAGCUCAUGGACCCGGAGCUGCAGGAGCUCUUCAACGAGCUGUCCAACAUCUCUGUGCCACCCAUGAGCGACCUGGACCUGGAGAACAUGAUCAACGCCACCAUUAAGCAGGAUGACCCAUUUCACCUUGACCUGAGCCAGCAAAACCAGAGGAGCACGCCCAGGCCCUCCCUGCCCAUGGAGAAGAUAGUAAUCAAAAGUGAAUUCUCACCCGUCCUGACCCAGGGCCCCUCCAGCUCUCCUCAGCUGAGGCCCCCAUCGGCCGGCCCGGCCUUCUCCAUGGCCAGCUCUGCCCUUUCCACUUCAUCCCCAACCCCGGCCACCCCUCAGGGUCAGGCCCAGGCCCAGGCCCAGACGGCACCCGGAGUGAGCCGGGCCCUGCCAGGCUGGCAGGAGGUGUCCCAUGCCCAGCAGCUCAAGCAGAUCGCAGCCAGCCGCCAGCAGCAGGCCCGGACGCAGCAGCACCCUCCAGCCCCGUGGCCAGCCCUGCCCUCGUCCACUGGGCCAUCCCCAGCCGCGUUUGGGCAGGAGAAGAUCCCCAGCCCUUCCUUUGGCCAGCAGCCGUUCAGCCCGCGAGGCUCCCCCAUCCCUGGGGUAGCUGGGAGCAGCAACCAGCCAAAAGUCAUGGCUAGCUACAUGUACAAAGCUGGCCCUGCGGCCCCAGGGGCCGCCCUGGACGCACUGCUGCAGCAGAAGCCUCCAGAGCUCAGCCGGAGCUUUCUCAACAGCUCGCACCAAGCCUUGGAGCCCCGGCCGGGCAACACCAAGCCUCUGUUCCAUUUUGGCUCGGAUCAAGCAAACCAGCAGUUGCCUUCUGUGUUGCCUUCUCAGAGCAAGCCUUCACUCCUACACUACACACAGCAGCAGCCGCAGCCGCAGCAGCAGCAGCAGAACUCACUUGUAAAUCAGCAGCCGCCGCCAGCACCCCAGGCCAGCCAUCCUCUGUCAAGCCAGCCGCUGCUGAGGUCACCACUGCCACUUCAGCAGAAGAGCCUGCUUCAGAAGAUGCAGACUCCGUCCCUCCCAGGCCUGGGCUGUCAAGUUGCACAGCCGCACCGACAGGAUCAACACUCUGUGGUGGGCCAGAACACGGGCCCCAGUCCAACUCCCAACUCCUGCUCGAAUCCAAACACUGGAAGUGGCUACAUGAACUCCCAGCAAUCCUUGUUGAAUCAGCAGUUGAUGGGGAAGAAACAGACGCUGCAGAAACAGAUCGCGGAGCAGAAGCAGCAACUCCUUCUCCAGCAGCAGAUGCUGGCCGACGCGGAGAAAAUCACACCACAAGAGCAGAUAAACCGACAUUUGACAAGGCUGCCCCCAGAUUACAAAGACCAAAGAAGAAACGUGGGCAGCCUCCUGCCGGCAGCCCAGUUCCCGGGUGGCUCAUCCUCGGUGAGUUUAAACUCUAACCAGGCUUUGACAAACCCAGUUUCAACACACGCCAUUUUAAAUCAAAACCCCAGCCUCAUGUCUGCUUCCCAUGCGACCAGAGCGCCAUCCUUGCCCACGGCAGCCCACAGCGCAGGGGUGUGCACAGGUCUGCCCUGCGGCCAGCCUGGCACCUACGGCCCCUCGCCCGGCAUGAAUCAGCUGACCCAACAGAGAAAUCCAAACCAACUGCUAGCAAACCCAAGCAACCCUCUGCUGCCACAGCCGUCAACAUUAGGGCCAAACAGCAGCAGCGAUGUGGCCACCAGGGCCCUUGGGUUUGGAGCUGGGACUGCUGGCAAUUCACAACUGAGACCAAAUCUAACCCACACUAUGGCAGGCCUGCCCGGCCAGAGACCAUCAUCAUCGUCGGCAUCGUCCUCCUCGUCGGCAUCAUCAUCGGCAUCGGCAUCGGCGUCCAAUGGGGUGGCCACACCCCACAGGGCCACACGGACCUGGGCCUCUCCAGGAGUCACAGCCAGCCAGCAGGUGCCCUUGGGGGUAGCGGGAGGGCGCUUCCCCGCAGCCUAUGCCCCCGGUCAGUCUCUGCAGCCUCCCCAGAGGACAGCGGCCCCGCCAGGCCAGCUGACACCCACAGUGCAAAUGAGGCCUGCCAGCCAGAUGGGGCAGACGCUAAGUGGACAGACCGUGGCCCCCGCCAGGGGCCUGAGUGUCAGACCCGGGCAGCUUGGCACACAGGCUCUGUCUAAUCUGACCCCAGCAGGGGCAGGGUUGAAUCUGCCCAGGACCAGCAUGAGCCAGCUGCCACCUCUGACUCCCAGUGCUUUUCCUUCCUCGGACCAGAGCUCCAGCGCUUUCCAGGGCAGUGAGCAGGUCAGCGAGCUGGCCUUUGACCUCCUCGGCCGGCAGGCCGACAGCGUGGGCCCAGCACUGGACAGCGACGUAGACUUCAUUGACUCUCUGCUGAGGACAGAGGCUGGCCACGAUGACUGGAUGAAGGACAUCAGUCUUGACGAGAUCCUGGGGAGCAACUCCUGAGGAAAGGGCGGCGGGUGGCAGACCCCCAGCCCUCGGGAGCAGGCUGAGAAGGACACCCCGGGCCAGGCCGAGCGCAAGCCUGCCGCACACACGCGAGCCAUUCUGAAGAGUCUGAUCCAAAUUCUUGUUCAGACUCUGAAACCUGAAAGCAGCACGUUGGGUUCACUUUCCGGUCUAAACCGGGGAGCGUGUCACCCAGUGGACCCAAACAGAACUGUCCUAUGGAUGUGUCGUUGUGUAAGAAGUAAAACAGAGCGUGUAGCUUGUUUAAACCCCACGUCACCAGGAGGUACUAGUUCCAUUCAACAGCAACACAUUCCUUAAUUUGCUCUCAUAGGUGAGUGAGUGUGGUUUAGUUUUCCACUGUCUUGUCAUUUAAUUUUCAUAAGGCUUGCAGAACAUAUCAAAAUGUGAUGGGUUUAUUUGGGAAAGAAAGGAUGGCCAGCACACUUAGAAAACACCGGUGGAGUGUGGGAUCCCUUCCCUAGACCCCCCCCCCCAUCUUCAUUUCCUCACAUGUGCCACAUUACAGUAGGAUCGAUAGCCAGUGAUGAAGGGGGAUGCAGCGCAGCAGACCUGCUUCAGACCCCACAGCCCGCCUCUGAGCCUACUCCUGUCUGAGCUUCAGACACCAAGACCUCUCCCCAUCCAUGCCAGAAUACCGUCAAAGAGAGCCAUGGGGCCAUGAACAGCUGAAGCUUUACUUAUUAGGACUGGCACCCACUGGCCAGUUCCUAAGCUGAGGGAAAUGGAGCAUUGUCUUUGUCAUUUUUUGAUGACCAGAAACUGGUUUGUAAGGAAAGAAAGUGAAGGCCCAAGCUGCGACUAGAAAGCAUCAUGUGUUGACUAGAGGCAAGAAACAGGAAUGGCAGGUGUGAGCGGGGGCAAUCUUUUUUCGUGGAGUUUAAAGGAAAGAAUAAUUGAGAGAAGAAAAUGAUCGUUCCUUCUUUGGAUGUAUUCUGGGCUUGGCUGCAGAGCCACAAAGUGUCAGUCUACGCCCGUGUCUCUGCCUGACACAGUGAGACCUCUCUGUGUGCUCCCUGAUCUCCCCACGCCCAGGUUUUCUCCCUCUGAGGGCUGAGUGCCAUGUUUGUCAGAAACAGAAUUUUGGCCAGGCACCAGUGGCUCACGCCUGUCAACCUAGCUACUCAAGAGGCUGAGAUCUGAGAAUCGUGGUUCAA